AUGUCUUCUCAAACAUCUACAUCCUCGGCCAUCGCCGGCUGUAGGAGUAAUAACAACGGGGGUGCCAACAAGGACAGGGGCCCCCACCGAAACCGAGCCCCUCGAACUGACUCACGCAUCGUCCGACUUUCCAAAUCCCUCGCAUGGCUGCUGCGGCACAACGCCCAAUCCCAGGGAAUCGCCAUUCGCCCUGAUGGAUAUGUCAAGGUGGUAGAUAUUCUAGGACAUCCGAGAUUCAAGGGAUAUACACUGGAGGAGGUUGUGGAGGUCGUAGAUAUGAAUGAGAAGAAGCGGUUUCAGUUCUUGGGUACUGAGAAUGGCGAUGGCAAGAAGGAAUAUAUUCGUGCGGUGCAGGGCCAUAGCAUAGUUGCGGAUCUUGGAUUAGAGGAUAUUACAGAUGCGUCGCAGGUACCCAUUGUGGUUCAUGGGACCAUGCUCUCAAAGUGGCCCUUGAUCAGUGCGCAAGGGUUGUCAAGGAUGGGCAGGAACCAUAUCCACAUGGCAGCCGGACUUCUGGGUGAGCACGGUGUGAUCAGUGGGAUGAGAAGCCAGUCCAGUCUCUACAUCUACAUCGAUACUGCCAAGGCUCUUCGAGAUGGAGUCAAGUUCUAUAGGUCGCCGAAUAAUGUGAUCCUCUCGGAUGGAAAGGAUGGCGAUGGUAUUAUCGCUCCAGAGUACUUUGUGCGUGUGGUCAAGUCCUCGGGCGAGGUCAUCUAUCCCAAGACUGUAGUAAAGCCGUAA